UUUAGCUGAACGCGGUGAGUUUUCCCGAGAAUUUCUUGUAGAUCCAAUCCGGAUGCAAGUGUGAUCUCUUCAGAGAGAAUUGCAUUAGGAAAAAUUUAAAUAAAUGCAUUUUCCGUGUUAGCGCCAAAGUUUAAAUUCAUCUGGAAAAUUGGUUGUUUCGAUAUUUACGGCGUGAAUAAUUUGGAGCGAGGUAGCUCCAAUAUUAAUGCGGAAAUAAAAAGGAAAAUUGAAAUUAAUUAGAAAAUCUAAAUAUCACCAUCAGGUGUUUCGUGUCUGUGUUCUCUUUGAGAGAUAAAAAAGUGCCGUUUUUUGUUAGUUGAUCUAAUUAAAAAAAAAAUCAAAGAAAGAAAAUAAAAAAGUUUAAUCCCCUUGCUAUCGUCACCGUUGUGCAGCUGGUGUUUCUUAGAAAGGCAUGUGUUGUAUAUAAAAAUGUGCUUGAGAUGUUAAUUAUAAAUUAAUCCAGAAAAAAGGCUAUUUUAAAUUGAAAAAUUAGAUACAGUUGAGAAAGUUAUAUUAAAAAAAUAUAACAACCUUUUUAUUGUGCAAGUUUUUGUGCUUUUUGUGUGAAUAUCGCAAUGGGAGGAUAGAAUAUUGAAGGAUUACUUGAGUUUUUAGUCUUCUUAGCAGCAACGCAGAUUCAACGUCAUAACACAGGAGCAGUAGAAAAGACCAUUAAAUCCAAUGCCAGCCCGAAAGGGGCUGUUAGCGCCCCAAAAUACAUUUUUGGAUACAAUAGCGACACGUUUCGAUGGAACACAUUCAAAUUUCGUAUUGGGGAACGCACAGGCUGCCGGAAAUCCAAUAGUCUACUGUUCCGAUGGUUUCGUUGAGCUGACCGGCUAUUCUCGAGCGCAAAUUAUGCAAAAGGGAUGUUCAUGUCAUUUUCUCUACGGUCCUGAAACUAAGGAGGAACAUAAAGUGCAAAUUGAAAAAAGUUUAAGAGACAAAAUGGAACUGAAAUUGGAGGUGAUUUUCUAUAAAAAGGACGGUACGCCGUUUUGGUGCCUCUUUGAUAUUGUUCCAAUCAAAAAUGAAAAGCGAGAAGUGGUUCUAUUUUUGGCAUCUCACAAGGAUAUAACGCACACAAAAAUGCUGGAGAUGUCCGUAUCGGAUGAAUGUGAUAGCGUCAUACCGAAAGUUUUUGUACUUACAGCCGCGCUCCUGGGCGCACGAUUUCGCUCUUCAGAUGCCGGAAUGCUGGGAGAAGGAUCCGAGCCCGAUGGUGAUUUUCAAGUACCUGCAGGAUGUAAUAUGGGGAGGAGACGAUCGAGAGCGGUCCUGUACCAGCUGUCCGGUCACUACAAGCCUGAAAAGAUAAAAACGAAAUUAAAACUUAGUAAUAAUUUAUUGCACACGACGGAAGCCCCAUUUCCCGAGUAUAAAGCACAGUCCCUCAAGAAAUCUAGGUUUAUUUUAUCACAUUAUGGCGUAUUUAAAGGAUGCUGGGACUGGAUAAUUUUAGUUGCUACGUUUUAUGUAGCCGUUCUGGUGCCAUUCAACGCGGCCUUUGCCAAAGCGGACCGUCAGACAAUGGUGUCAGAUGUUAUAGUCGAGGCUCUUUUUAUUGUAGAUAUUAUUUUAAAUUUUAGAACAACGUUCGUAUCAAAGAAAGGAGAAGUCGUUUCGGAUCCGAAAUUAAUUGCAAUUAAUUAUUUACGAGGCUGGUUCCUUGUCGAUCUGUUAGCUGCUUUGCCUUUUGAUCAUUUAUAUGCGUCGAAUUUAUAUACGGGGGAGGAAUCGCAUAUCCAUCUAGUGAAAUUGACCCGGUUGCUGCGGCUGGCUCGUUUGCUCCAGAAAAUGGAUCGAUAUUCACAGUAUACAGCCAUGAUUUUAACGCUCCUGAUGUUGUCCUUUACACUUGUUGCACAUUGGCUUGCUUGCGUUUGGUAUGUGAUUGCGGAGAAGGAAGAGUUGUCCAAUGACAGUAGUUGGGAUAUUGGCUGGAUGCAUGCGUUAGCGGACAGGCUGAAAAUCCCUGUUUCUAACAUCACGAACGCCGAGGCAUAUACGACGGCCUUGUAUUUCACAUUUACAAGUCUGACCUCCGUUGGGUUCGGCAAUGUCUCGGCAAAUACAGUAGCAGAGAAAGUGUUCAGCAUCCUUAUGAUGUUGAUUGGGGCUCUCAUGCAUGCGGUGGUCUUUGGUAAUGUCACAGCAUUCAUUCAAAGGAUGUACUCACGUAGAUCCAUGUAUGAUAGCAAAUGGAGGGAUCUAAAGGAUUUCAUUGCAUUGCAUCAGAUGCCCAAGGAACUGAAACAAAGGAUACAGGACUAUUUCCAGACAUCGUGGUCACUCAGCCAUGGAAUCGAUAUUUAUGAGACACUCAAGGAAUUUCCUGAAGAACUACGUGGCGACGUUUCAAUGCAUCUACAUCGUGAAAUCCUUCAACUUCCGAUUUUUGAAUCAGCGUCGCAGGGUUGUCUAAAAUUGCUUUCGCUGCACAUAAAAACCAACUUCUGUGCUCCUGGCGAGUUUCUUAUCCACAAAGGAGACGCAUUGAAUUACAUUUAUUAUUUGUGCAACGGUUCAAUGGAAGUUAUCAAGAACAAUAUGGUGGUGGCCAUUUUAGGCAAAGGUGAUUUAGUAGGCUGUGACUUAAACGUACAUGUGCUGGCAAAUGGCCAAAUAACGAAUGCAUCAGCUCCUCCUGGAGCAGACACGGUGGUGAAGAGUAGCAGUGAUGUGAAGGCGCUGACAUACUGUGACCUAAAGUGUAUCCACAUCGGCGGGCUAGUCGAGGUCCUUAGGCUCUACCCGGAGUAUCAACAACAAUUCGCCAACGACAUCCAACACGAUUUAACGUAUAAUUUACGGGAAGGAUAUGAGUGCCAGGAGGCGGAUAUUGGGCCGUGUCUCCCCUUGCCCUCAAUCAGUGAGGACGACGAAAACCUGCUGGAUGUCGAUAGCAAUAGCAACUCUGCUUCUCCACACAUGGGAAGCUCCCCAUCGCCUCAUCUUUCCAAUCGUUCGCCAGUUCAUGCAGCCAGUCCACGGCAUGGAAAAAUCUUGCAAAGAGGAAGAUCCUUGGCGGCACUUCGAGAGCGAGUGGAACGUCAGCGUUCGGUAAAUCCUCCCUCGGGGGGAAUUGAAUCGAACUCGUUGGAAGGAUUGAAUCUGGAAUCCUGUCAAAGAAAUGAAGUGCCCACACAUAAACGUUCUAUUGAACGACUUGACAAUCAAGUUAUUAGCCUACACCAAGACGUAGCCGCCCUAAGCCUAGAAGUUAGGAAUGCAAUUCAAGCGCUCCAGGAAAUGACAUAUUCUACGCUGGCAUCACAAGCGGAUUUAGGUGCUCGUUUUCCGGCCCGAUCCAUCCCAAAUAUCUUCAAUAACGUUAAUCCGCCAAUCGAUACUCAGCAAGGUCUUAUCGCACGUAGUUCGUCACAUCCACCUGAAAUUUGGGGUCGUGAGAUGGAAGAGCCGCAGCAACCGAAUGUCUAUACGCCGGAAACCCCACGCUAUGUAACCAAGUCAACGCAAACAGAUCCUGUGAAAAUUGAUUUCCAAACAUUUGAGAAAUUCGUGUUAGCCAAUCCACGUUUAGUUUUAGGACUGCUAGGGAUCGAGACAACGAUAAAGACUGAAAUUGAAUUACUUCAGCAACAGCAGCACGUACAAGUGUCGCCACUUAACACCAUUGAAGAGGUCAAUUCGCCUGACGCAACGAGUUCGGAAUACCUAUUGGAGGAGAAGGAAACGAAUCAACAGGAAGACAGGUGGAGUACAAGAAAUAGCAACUAUCAAGAAGUAGACAAUUGCCGCUCCACAGACGCGCUCUUGGAUAUAGUUCCUUCAAAAGAGGAUCUCAGCACCGUCGAAUGUGAACCGACCAGUUUCUCCAUUGUUCGGGAAGGCAAGUCCAGGAGUUCUUUUCGCAAACAUUCAAAUAGUAGCAAUAGCCUGUCAUCGAAUGGAUCACUAUCAAACAAAAACUUCGAGCCUGAGAUCAGAACCAAUGGUCCUGUUCGGAAGACAUCUUGGAAGGGAAGCAAAAAGGACUACGAGCGCUUGAAUGAGACUUACGACGAUGUGAAUGAAGCCAACGAAACCACUUCGUUUCUCGAGGACUCUGCUAAUAUUGCUAAGAGACGAAAUUCAAGGUCGAGCUCAUCCGACCUUACGAUAAAAAGGAACAAUUUGACUGUGAAUCGUCCUCCUGGAAACUUUCGUUUUUCAGCAGGGGAUGCUGAUAAAUUGGAGAAAGGAUUGAAAACGAUAGCAUCGACAAGAUCGUUAAAGGAGAGUUGAAUUUUCUCGGAGGUGCUUAAUGCACAGGUUCGCCUUGAUAGUAUCCUGGCAUGUGAGUGGGGAUAGGAGAUUGAUCCGUGGCAGGCGAGUGGGUAAGGAGCAUUAUAUACGAGCAAGUGAUACGAACGUCAAUAAUUGAGAUAUCGGCUAGGGUACUUGCUUUAGUGAAAUAUCUGAAAGACACUAAGUAAUGAAUGACUUGCUUUUUUGUUAUUUAGUAGAUUAUCCUUUGUGCAAGGUGGGUUGUAAUUAUUUUAAUAAAUUUGCCUUAAUUUUUUUAGAGAGUAGAAUUCUUAGAUAAGGCAAUGUACUCGCGAUAGGAGGAGCGAGUUCCUUAGUUGCGAUAUCAAAUUUUUGCUGCAUCAAGAUAA